AUGGAUCUUGCUUCAACAUGCCUGCCUGUCAAGUCAUGUUGUGUCUUUGCACCCAGAUUCCAGCACCUCUGCAGUUUCAUGUGGUCUUGGAAGGACAAGGCAAUUUCGCUACCGUCUGGAAUGUUAUCUAUAGCAUUUCUCUAUUACAUGGUAUUUUCUCAAUGGCAGCCAAACUUAACUUUGCAAGUGCUGACCUUCUGCUUCCUACAGGCAAUCAGCUUUAUGAGCUUGUACGGCUGCUACAUGAAUAUGCCACUGCUACCAGGGGAUCGCCUUGGCACUCCUUUGUUGCCCCGCGUUGGAAGCGAUCGCUUCUGGGAGGAGCAGAACGAUUUGGACUCUGAAGUCUCAAAUGCCUUCAGUGGUCCUGCUUCAGUGAAGCCAGAAGUGCUGGUUGGAGAAGUGCUGGUCACAUUGGACGAUGCCAGAUUGAGCUGUGUGGAUCAAGGGCUCGGAGUGUACAAAUGCUCUUACCUCAUUACAGAGGCACAGACCCUGAGUGUGAUCCUGCGGGUGAACGGCCAACCUGUGAACCCAGUGUCACCACAUACUUUUGCGUUGGUCAUCAACCCAAAGCCUAUUGACUCCACGAGCGGCGCCGAGCCCUUAGAAGAUGUCUUUCGAAGAUUUCUGUGGGUUAUGUCAGAGAUGAAUUUGGAAAUGAUGUCCCGGAUCAAGGCAACAACUUCAUGUUCUGUGAAGCUGAUGGACCAGAGCAAAAGACCACGCCCUUCCGACCCCCCCUUGGAUGCCGUGCGCUAUGCUCCUGGACUCUUCCGGGUGAAUCUCAAGCUGGAGACCACGGGGGUGCACAAGGUGAAUUGCUAUGCCCUGAACAAAGGCGGCAUCAAUGCCAGGUAUUUCAACAAUCGCUGGGUGGAGGGGGUUCCCGCCAUCUCGCAGGUGGACACAGCGAUUGAUUUCAAUUGGGGCGAAGGAUUGGUGACAGCGGACUCCUCGGAUUAUGCCUCAGCACAAUUUGACGGAUAUUUGCAGGUCCCGACCGCCGCCAAUUAUACCUUUUACAUUACUUGUGACGAUGGAGCAAAUCUUUGGAUUGAUGAUGAGUUGGUUUUGAGCCAAGCGAGCGCAGGGCAGUUUCAAACCAGGCCGAUUUUGUUGACCGGAGCUCGUUUGUAUCACCUCCAAGUGAUGUAUUACGAGCGGACGGGCUUCGCGCGCAUGCGCUUGGAAUGGUCCAGCGACCAGGGACUGGUCCGCGAAGUCAUCGGGAAGGACUCCUGGUUUCAUUCACGUUACCUGGCGGGUGUCACCGUGGAUGCGCUGGUGCAGUUACGGGACCAAUUCGGGAACAACCGCACCAGCAGCAGCACUAGCUUACUCUUUCAGGGCCGCUUUGGACCCAGUACAUUGGCCUAUACAGAUCACAAUGAUGGGACAGUGACGGUCAAGGUGGGCACGCACUUGGCUGGGCAACAUCCGCUCCAGAUAACAUUGGCUGGAGUUCAGAUUUCCAACACACCAACACCAGAGAUCCCAGUCAAUAGCUCGCUUGCAAAGUAUGAUGGGACAGACUGUGCCAUUCCUGCCCAAGUUACCGCCGGAAUUCAAUCGUUGUUCCAAUGCUUUCCCCGAGACACCUUUGGCAACAAAGUUGUGGACAACGACAUUUUUAUCGAGGCGGAGUUUGUGAACAUGGAUGACUCCAGCGCACCAGUGGUGACCGUUGCGGGGACCUACAGUCUUGUGGACGACAACUACGAUUUCCCACUUCAGAUCAACAAAGUUGGAGCGUACUCUGUGGUUACGCAGUUUUGGGCGCGUGGUGGUUUGAUCGGCCGCUACUAUCGAACUCCAGGCUUCCAGAGCCUGGUGUCGCUGCUGACCGACCGACCACAUCAGGGCUUGGCGCUCUUUGAGUACACACGAGUGGAUCCUCAGCUGAACAUCAUUUGGCCAGAGAGUCCAGUAGCUACAUGCCCAGAGGAUUAUUACUCGGUGCAUUGGCACGGCUACUUGCUGCCAAAGGCCACUGGAUUGCACAACAUUCGAAUUGAAGCAGACAGAGGUGCCCGAGUCAUGGUGGGUUCUGCAUGGGUCAUUGACGAGAUCGCUUCAGACACCGCAGUUCGUGCAUCUGCACAAGUGACGCUGACGAAUCAUGUUCCUGAGUACAUCGAAGUUCAGUACAAGCAUUCUGCAGGGACAGCCUAUGUGCGUCUCUACUGGGUGCGCCAGCAUUUUGCUGUUUUGGCCGAGAGAGACAUGAGUUCCGCACAGCGCUUCGAAGCAUCAAGACAGUUUGCUACUUGA